GCAGAACUGCAACUCCACCACCUUCCCCAAACCACCACGAACACAUCGUCGCAACCGUACAGCCCCCGUCGUAAUCAUAGAUACAGUACUCAAGGGAACGCCAAAAAUGUCUCAAAAAAUGAGAGCUGUCGUUUUCAAAGGCCCCCACAAGAUUUCCCUGGAAGAUAGGCCAAUCCCGAAGAUCAUUGAUGAAACAGACGCUCUCGUGAAGGUUUCUUACACGGCUCUUUGUGGAAGGUGAGCUCCUCGCCUAGAAGCAUUUAAUUUCGGGGAUAGGGGCCAACUGGGAACAUCAAGCGAACUUCAUGUAUUCCGUGGGCAUCAGCCCAGCGAUACGGGAUUUAUUAUGGGCCACGAGUUCACCGGGACCAUUGUUCAAGUAGGAAAAGGGGUUACUAGGUUCCAAACCGGAGACAAAGUUAUUUCCCCAUUUACAACUUCUUGGUAUGCUAGGUAAUUGUUUUCGCGAGUAAGCCUCUGUUGACCAUGAGAAAGCUUGGAAUGUUUCUAUUGCAAGAACGGCUACACCUCUCGAUGUGCACAAUCAAUGUUGUACGGUUCUGUGAAGCUAGAUGGAGGGCAGGCAGAAUAUGUCAAUUAGUUUACUUGUUGAAUCUUCUCGCACGAGAGUUAACUAGGUGAAUUAGGUCCGAGUUCCGCUGGCGGACGGGACACUGUUCAAAGCUCCGCCAGAGAUCCCGGAAGAGACAGUGGUACGUCGGAUACAGGUUGAUACCCACCCCGAGGUCCAAGCUAAACAAUCGUAACAGAUCCUGAUGGCAGAUAUAGUAAGUCUACAGCCUCCUAACUUGUUGCUUAGUUUUCUAAUCACCACUCAGUUCCCAACGUAUGGGCCCGCCAUAAAUUUCCACUGCAGCUAACCCGCCAAUAGUGGUUACUUCGCUGCAUCCAAUGGACUCUCCCAACUCACGCCGACUCAGCGUGAUAAUGCAACCGUUGUUCUAAUAGGAUGUGGCCCGGUAGGACUAUGCGCCCUCAUCGCCGCUACCUCCUUCAACCCCGCACGCAUCUUCGCUAUAGAUUCCGUCCCCUCUCGCCUUGAGCUAGCCAAGUCCCUCGGGGCAGAACCCUUAAACUUUAUGGAGGACAAAAAUGCUGUUAAGAAGCGUAUCACAGAAGCUACAGAUGGAAGGGGUGCGGACGUCGUCUUGGAGGUGGUAGGAAACAGCCCCGCUCUCCGAAUGGGUUUCGACGUAGUUAGGCCCUGGGGAGUAAUUAUCAGUGUUGGGGUGCACAACGCUGAAGUGAGUCCUUCAACCAGCACCAUUUCACCCUCGCUGAUGCCACUCUAGAUCCCGUUCACCGGGAAUGAGGCAUACAACAAAAACGUAAGAAUCCAGUUCGGCAGGUGCCCUGUCCAUGCGGUCUUUCCGGAAGCACUGGAAUUAUUAAAGAAGAAGUCUCACCUCCUAGGGUAAGUAUGGACCCGUUCAGUUCGAGAACACAGCGCUCACAAAUUCAAAGCUUCAUGUCGGACAAGAUCAUGCCAAUGAGUCAAGCGGAGGAAGGUUAUGAGCUCUUUGACAAAAUGAAGGUGCAGAAGGUGAUCUUCCGCGCCGAUCAGUAG